AUGGACGCGGUGGUGAAGGUAUUUUGCGUGCACAACGAGCCGAAUUUCUCGCAGCCGUGGCAGAGGAAGAAGCAGAACAGUUCGACCAGUAGUGGGUUUGUCAUUGAUGGGAGGAGGGUGUUGACGAAUGCCCAUUCGGUGGAGCACUAUACGCAGGUGAAGCUGAAAAAGCGUGGUUCUGAUACCAAGUACUUAGCUAGAGUGCUUGCUUUUGGGACCGAAUGCGAUAUUGUACUAAGCCGAAUUUCUCAAGGAUUUGUGUUCUGCACUCUUAAUAUGCUUAUAAUUUAUGUAAUUUUUUAGAGUUGAUUUUUAGUUAAUAUAUAUUUUGAUAUACGUGAUGUUGCAGCUAUGCUUACAGUAGACGAUGAUGAGUUUUGGGACGGUGUUUCGCCUGUGGAAUUUGGGGAUUUGCCUGCACUUCAAGAUGCAGUGACUGUUGUGGGAUACCCAAUUGGGGGAGACACGAUCUCUGUAACAAGUGGGGUUGUUUCACGUAUAGAGAUUCUAUCAUAUGCUUAUGGGUCUACUGAGCUUCUAGGGUUGCAGAUAGAUGCUGCUAUAAAUCCGGGAAAUUCUGGAGGACCUGCCUAUAGUGAUAAGGGCAGUUGUGUUGGUAUCGCAUUUCAGUCCCUAAAAAAUGAAGAUGCGGAGAAUAUAGGUUAUGUCAUACCAACGCCAGUCAUCACGCACUUCAUUCGAGAUUAUGAAAAAAAUGGCGCUUAUACUGGAUUCCCGAUACUUGGUGUUGAGUGGCAGAAGAUGGAAAAUGCAGAUUUGCGUUUGUCAAUGGGGAUGCAACCUGAUCAGAAGGGUGUUUGUAUAAAAAGAAUUGAUCCCACUUCUCCAGAAUCUAAGUUUUUGAUGCCAUCAGAUAUUAUCCUCAGCUUUGAUGGGGUUGAUAUUGGUAAUGAUGGAACGGUUCCGUUUAGGCAUGGAGAGCGCAUUGGUUUUAGUUACCUUGUAACCAAAAAAUAUUCUGGAGAUAGUGCAGCGAUUACAGUUCUUCGUGAUUCUAAACCUUUGAAACUUGAUAUUAAACUUGCAACUCAAAGAAGGCUCAUUCCGGUACACAACAAAGGCAGACCUCCCUCAUAUUAUAUUAUUGCAGGAUUUGUUUUUACAACUGUAUCUGUUCCAUAUCUCCGUUCUGAGUUUGGUAAUGAAUAUGGAUAUGAAGCUCCAGUAGAGCUAUUGGACAAGCUUUUGCAUGAAUUGCCACAGUCAGAGGAUGAGCAGCUAGUUGUGGUUUCUCAGGUGCUUGCAGCUGACAUCAAUAUUGGAUAUGAGGACAUUGUUAACACUCAGGUUCAUGCUUUUAAUGGAAAGCCUGUGAAAAAUCUUAAAAGUUUGGCCACUAUGGUAGAGAGCUGUGAUGAGAAGUUUUUGAAAUUUGAUUUAGCGUACAAGCAGAUAGUAGUCCUUCAGACAAAGAAUGCCAAAUCAGCUACACUAGACAUCCUCACAACAUAUUGCAUACCUUCUUCCAUUUCUGAUGAUCUCAAGACGUGAGAUCAAGUUCUUCACGGGUAUGCUAAAUCUUGAAUCAACAAGCAUUGAACAA